GGGCUCUGACAACGACAUAUUUUUCAGAUCUGCGAUUAAUAUUUUUCUCUAAUUACGAAUUUAUUUCUAAAAAUACUUAAAAGUUUUAUAGUUUUUUCGUUGUUCGAUUAGGCGGUGAGUGAACUGAAGAAUUAUUGCUUUUCUUCAAACAAAUAAAUAAUAGUCACUGUAAAGUGAAUGGUAGUAUUAAAUGUGUUGUGAAAAUAUCUAGCAAGUAAUUCUGCAAUUAGUCUGUACAAAAGCAAAAAAGAAAGAAACGAAAUAUUUCUACAUAAUUUUUUGUUGUUGCUGCUGGUAGUUGCCACUUACGCGUCACGCAACAAUUACAUUUCAUUUAUAUGUGAAAAGUAUAAUAUAGUGUUUAACUGAGAUAAAACCAACAAUUAACCAGGAAGGAGCAAACAAUAUUGUCAGUAAAAAUCUUACAGAAUGUUUUGGGAUACCAAGGAUCCGCCUUCACAUAACAUAGAGAUUCUACUGGAAUCACCGGAUACCAAAGUCGAAGUGUUUUUGGAUGAAGACAACAUUAUACAAGAAUGUAAAACUCUAAAGAAAAAUAUUGUUAACUAUUUUACUCGUCCUGAUGUUAUAAGACGUUUGAUUGAGUUAAUUACAACAGAACCUCCAGAGGAAAUACCCCUAUCGGAACGUUUUCGUCAUGCUAAUAUUGCUAGUGAAAUCUUAACAAUGGGCCUACCGUCCUUAGAUGAAAAAUUACUCGCCGAUACAGAUACAUUAAACAUGUUAUACUCAUAUCUGGAAAAUGAACCACCGUUAAAUCCCUUGCUAGCAUCAUUUUUUAGCAAGACAUUUAGCAUGCUCUUUACUAAAAAGUCUGAUCAAGAUUGGUUUUUGUAUCAACAAACGUGCCUAAAACUUUUGGAAUAUUUAAAGACGAAGAGUAGUUUUUUGGAUUUGAUAUGCAAACAUUUCAGUACGCCCAUCGUGCCCGAUCUCAUAAUGGAAAUGAUGCGUAACGUCGAGGGUGCUCAACUGAAAAGAAGCUUAUUUGAAUGGUUGAAUGAGGAAAGACUGGUUGAGAAACUUAUUGAAAUUAUUGGUGAUCCUGAACAAAGUGAGAAGCACGCUAAUGUUGCUGAUUUUCUCUGUGAUCUUAUACAUCAGGGGCGUACAAUGCGUCAAGAUAUUGAUACUUUUGAACCUGCUUUUGAGGGUUCUAAUCCUAUAUUAAAAAAUAUUGAAAGUGCAACCACUUUAUUAGCCUUGUUUAAUGUGAUUUUGCAACCAAAUGCUGUUGAAAGUGCUAUUGUGUCCGGCAUAACGGUUGUACUUAAGAUAAUAAAACCCGUUAGAGUGACAGAUGAACGGAAUAUGGAACGUUUGGUGUCUUAUCUUGAUCGCGAGCAAAAAGUUCAUGAUGAAUUUUUAACAACUGUGAUUCGUGUUAUUGAACCUCAACUAAAACAAUUUAAUGAAUUGCUUAAGAACCCGCCAAAAAAACCCGAUAUUCUUACAUCGGCAGCUAAUUUAUCGCCACCGUUUGGUAUGACCCGUCUGCAAAUUUGUCGUCUUUUUACGGUAUUAUUGGAAACCAAUAAUGAGGAAAUAUUUAAAGCUAUUUGCGAAACAGAUUUCCUUGAUAUUUUGCUUUCGCUGUUCAAAGAAUACUGCUGGAAUAACUUUUUGCACAGCGAAGUCGAGAAGUGUCUACACCUUAUUUUUCCCUACUCUGAAGUUCCCAACUCUAAUACUAACAACAACUCAACGCAUGUAAGUGAUGGCUCAAAAGAUAAUAAAGACGGGGAUAAUAAAGAUUCUGUUCUUGAUAAGAUCGUUGAACCAUUAGAGUUUAAAGUUGAGGUCGAUAAUACUAAAACAACUACAACAACAACAACUAAUAGUACUCCGUCCCCCAUACAAACUCAUGCUAUUGUUAAUUGCAAAAUAAUAUCAAAACUAAUUGAGUGCUGGAAAAUUAACAAGGAAAUAGAGUCUGCUGAAAAAGGACGCCGUUUGGGUUAUAUGGGUCAUUUGAUAAAAAUCUUCAAGCACAUUACACAGUGUAUAUCAGAAUCGGAACAUAUCGGUGCCUUAAUUGAGAGCAAUCUCCAAGACGAUAAUGAACGCGAUUUGUGGCAGUCUAUUGUCAAUACAACUGACGGUGAUCUAACAAAGGCCUUGAGUACACAAAACAAAUUAUUAGCCAACCACAAGCCCUGUGAUUACCAUGUAUCAUUAGAUUUCUUUGCUGACACUACUAGCAUGACAGAGGCUUUCAAUGAAGUGUGUAGUUUUUUGGAUUCAUCUGACGCAUUCGGGCGCAGCAACGACGACGAUGAAGGUGAAGAUGACGAUAAUGCAGCUGCCUCCUUUGAGCGUGACGGUGGUUUAUCGUUUUAUGUACAACCCCAGGUUAAUCCCUUCAUGGAAGAUCCCUGGAAGAAUUGUGACGAUGCCGACGAUAUGGUGUUUGACCUCUUUAGAACGAAGAACACGGAAAAGGCAACAGCUUUUGCAGAUUUUGAAGCUUACUUUGGAAUGGGCGAUUCAUCAACAUUAAAUCAUCCAACUGAAGGUACCGGUACAGAGACAGCCAGCGGCGUUACUGCUACAACUAGUUCUGAGGAGUAUGAUAAUAAUGCUAAUGUCGAAAAGUCAUCAUCAUGGAGUGGAGAUUUCACUACAUUCCAAAUUCCCAAAAAAGACACACAGUAUACCAGCAAUUUUGUUGAUGAUUAUGAAGACGAUGAAGGUAUGUGGACAAAACCAUUGGGAGCUGCUGCCGCUGCCUCAACUAAUACGACUGUUGAACAGUUUGAAACGGAAAAAUCGGUAGAACCGACAAAUCAAACGGUUGAUGAGUGUAAAACGAAUGUGAUUAGUAACGGUCCCUGUAUGUCGGAAGAAGUUGGUGAACAUGUGCCAGAAGAAUCUACAUCAUCACUAAAUCAACUGAAUAAUUCAAUAGAAGACAACACUUUAGUUGAUCCCCCAGCCGAAGACAUCACAUCGAAUGCAAUUAAAGAAGAAACUGUUAAAGAACUCAACAAAGAUUUGAAUUUAAAACAAGAAGAUGAUGAAGAAACAACGUCCAAGCACAAAUCAUCCACACACGAUACAAACGAUACUGAAACCACUAACACUAAUCAGUUGACAACUACAGCGACUGCUAAGGAAGAAGUAUCAGACACUGCAGCAACAGCAACAACAACGUAAAAAAAGAAGAAAGUAAAAUUUCACUGGAGAACAAAAAUCCACAAAUAAUACAAAAACACACAAUUAUAAAAAAGUCACUAUCGCACAUUCGAAAUUGGAAUAAACAAUCCAUUAGGUAAAGAGCAAAAACAUAAAACAAAUAUAACAAAAACUCUUUCAAACACAUACACACACACUUUAAUUGUCAAUGUGGUAUAUUUUUACUUCAACGUUUCUUUUUUUUUUUUAACAGUUUCAAAAGCAUUUCGCUACCAAUAACUAUAGAAUUUAUAAGUGUAACUAAUAAUUUGUUUCUUUGUUUUUGUUACAAACUUAAAAAUAUGAAUGAUCAUUUAUUUGUUGUAUUUGUAUUUUAAUAUAAUGCCUGGAACUGCUAAAAAGUUGAAGUAAAACUUACGAUUGUAAUAAACAUAUUGUUUGGUUAGAGUUUUGUUAAAUAAACUAUUCAUAUUAACCCGCCCAUUCUUCCUCUUUAUACUUAAAUAUUUAAUAAACAAAACAAAAAGCAAAAAAAGAAUGAAAAAAACCUAAAAAAAAACAAAAUGUUAUAAUAAUAAUGUAUAAUUAAUAUUAAAUAUUAUUUGUUAGGCUUCUUUUAGUACAACAAACAAUUUGUGUAUUAAUAACCGCCCAAAGUAUAUAAAAACAAAAACAAAUUAUAACACUUAAAAUCGAAAAAGAAAAACAACUCCAACAAAUUUCUUUAACUUUAAAUUAAAUUUAAAAAAAAGAGAGUUAUUAUAUUAUGAAAAAAAUAUCCUCGCUCCUAUUGCCAAUUAUGUUUUAUUUUGGUUAUUUUUAAAUUAUAUUUUUUAAAUCCUUUUGUAAUAAUGUUCUUUUUUUGUUUGUUUCUUAUUUAGUUGAAGAAAUUAAUUAAAUUACUUACAUAUAUACAAACACAUACACUUACACAUACAUAUAUAUAAAUAACUACAUAUUUAAAUAUAUAUUUUAGUUACAUAUGUUUUAUACGCUUAAAGCGAAGUAUGUGCUGCUCAUUUAAAUUAAAACCAAGAGAAAAAUAUUACAAAAAAAACCAUCAAAAAAACUACAUUUAAUAAUUUUUUGUUUAAUAAAAACGAAAAUCUUAAAUAAGUAAAACAUCUAA